AUGUCAGUGGAGUAUAUAUCAAAAGCCAAGAUUGCUGUCAUGUCAAUUACCAAAUCUCGGCAGGUAGACCUUGCUUACAACUUCGAGAGACUUUGCCACAAAAUUGGAAGUCUGCUAGAACGUUAUUGUCUGAAUGCUGGCCUUUUCAAGGAAGUUCUCUUCUCUAAUGUAUAUCCCCCGGAUUGCCUCAACUAUGUUCGCCAACGUCCUGCGCCGACUGUUGAACCGACUAUAAAACAAUUUAAUCAGGUUUAUCGUCUUGUCAUUACAACGAUACUUGAGCCGCAUGUGAACUCACAAAGCUCCUCCUUAUUCGACAAUCCAGCCCUCGCUUCUACGUUGCCCCCUACGUCUGCAUCAGUCCCCCCUAUGGGCACUAACUUCAGACACGGAGAAUCAGUGCCACCCCUGGCAAUAAAAACAGCAGUUGGCGACUUCAUUCAAUUGCCUUCACUCAAUUCUCAGCAGCAAGACUCAGGUCUGAUGCAACGCACCGAUCGUAUCGCAAAGUGGGUGUCCGUCACUGCGGCAGAUGAGAAUCGGUUGGGUGCAAAUCUACUAAUCAAAUUUGUGCACAAACUGUCUGGCUUUAGUGAACUGUAUCUUGCCCAUCUGGUUAUUAGCCACAAGUUCACAUAUAGCAAUAUACUGGAGAUGCACGCCGUUGCAAAAUGGUUUGAACGACUAGUCUACCCGGCCCACCAUCAACGACUAGAGUCUCUUGCUCAGCUCCUGUCCUUGGAGGACAACCAGAAGAAUGCCAGAGAACUCUUGGAUCAUCUGGCGAGUGAAAGCCCUGACGCGUCUAUCUACGACCACAGUCCACAACCUACUCUUCUUGGACGACUUCACAUUCAAAAGCGCAACAGAAGUGGAUAUUCAUCGGAGGACCUCUUCGCCAUCGCCCGCACCAACUUUGGACUAAAAAUUAACAAGGGCAGUCAUCCACCAAUCGUCACCCAACGCGAAAUACAGCACUCGUCGGAUUAA